CCUAUUGGCUUUUGUCAGAGUUCAUGAAUCGGAUUCAUUUCAAUAUAAAUUUUUAGAUGCAUUAUAUUAUUUUGCACAGUUAGACUAUAUGUUCCUGGUAAAAGUUUGUUCUUGUGUUUAUUAGAAAUGAAUUAAAAAAAUAAAUAAAAAAUUCUACCCCAAAAGUUAACUCUAUCUCCACUCUAAGACCUUUUGAAUAAUAAGUUCUAAUUAGAUGUAAUAACCAACAAUUUUGUAAAAUUUGCCUAAAAUCACUGCUGUGUAAUUUUAUUAAUACCAAAACAAUCAUAUAAGGUAAAUCAAACUUACUCCAAAAGUGCGUUACUCUAUCUCCACUCUAGUUAGAUUUUUUUUGGAAUAUGAGUUCUAAUUAGCGCUAUCAACAACUUUGUAAAAUCCGCCUGAAAUCACUGAUGCACAAUUUAUAUAUACCAGUAAUACCACAACAACCACAUAAGGUAAAAAAUUAAUCAAACUUAUAAAAAGAAAAACAUAGUUUUAUACAUUAUAACGUGAACGGGAUCAGAUUCAUUUCAAUAUCUAUUUUGUAGGUUUAAAUUCAUCCCAUUAAGGAAUGAUUAUAACAUAAAGACCAUUAAAAAAAAGUUGUAAGAAAUUUUAGAAUGGAGUAAAAAAAAACUCCUCUAGCUUUCACUCUCAAGUCCCAACAAAAUUCACAAAACUCCAAAAUAAGGAAAAAAUAAAAAUCAAAAAACAAAUAAAAAAAUUCUUAAUAAAAAAAAAAAAAUUGAAAGAAAAAUAAAUAGACCCAAAAACAAAAAUGAAAGUAUGAAACAUUUCAAUUACCGAACGGUUUUUUAAGUUUCGGUGAGUGGUUUUCUCUCUUCAUUUUCCCACUCUCUUUAAUUUAAUUUCUUCUUUUCUUCCAUCUUCAUCUUCCUUUGUUAUCAUCGUCACCUUCACUAAUCUUAAUUAACCCCACACUAAUCGUGUGAUUAAUUUAAUAAUUACCAAAAGUUGUACCUUUAAUCAUAGAUUAAUCAGACCAUUAGAUUUGAUUCUGUUUUUUUUUUUUAUUAGCAGAAGUAGGUGAUAAGGAAUAUAUAUAUCCUUACCUCCUCUUCCUAGAUUCCCUAUAAAUUUUGUUGUUAGAUUUUGCAAGUGGUAAUAAAAGAAACCAUUUUAAUUUAUACUAUAAGGUCACUUUCAUGAAAUGAUUUGCAACUUGGUAUUAUCCAGAUGGUUUAUGUUGCAUUUUCUCUCUCUUAAAAAAUAAAAAUUCUCUCUUCUUUUUUUUAUUUUCUUCCUUAAUUCACUACCAAAAAUAUUUAUCCAAUUUUCUCAAUCAUUUUCAUUAUCCGUACUGUACAAAUUCACUCUUUUUCUUUAUCCUUGACCAACUUACCCACCUAAAGGUUUUUUUUUUUUUUUUUUUUUUUGAAUAAAUAAUUUUUUUUUUUUUUGGAAAGGAUUUGAUGGGGUUGAAGAAGGAGAUGAAAGAAAUGGUAUUGCAUGGUGAAGAUCUACAAAAUUUUGACGUCGUUGGCGGGGAAGGUAUGAAGGAUAGUGAGGAAGAGAUCUGGUUUGAAACCGCCUCACACCCUUUUGAGAGUAACAAUAAUGAUAAUAUGAGCAAUGAGAAUGAUUUUUUAGAUGUGGAUGUUAGCGAUCCAUCAUCCUUGUUCUAUGCUGAUUUUCCACCACUUCCUGAAUUUCCUUGCAUGUCCUCAUCUUCCUCAUCAUCCUCGACUCCUGCCGCUACGGCGGCAAAGCCUUUUGGGGUGUGUUCCACCGCAACGACUUCUUCUUCCGCUUCUACGGCGUCGUCCGGGGCGGCGUCGUGGGCGGUGUUGAAGUCCGAUGCGGAUCAAGACCCGGAACCGGCUUCGUCUACGGCUGCUCCGGUUACGGAUCAUGAUCAGGCACAGAGGGUGGAGGAGAGGGAGAUUUUGAUGGAUGAUGUUGAUCAUUGCAUGGAUAUGAUGCAGAAUUUUGGGUGCAUAGAUAUGCUUGAGAAUACUGAUAUUUGCUGGGAUCCUUCGCCGUUGUUUGAUGACAACAACGGCGACGAGCAUCAGUUUUUGCAACCGGAGGAAAUGUUGGUGAACCGUCAUCUAGUUGAGGAAGAUGAGGAAGAAAGAGUGUUUGAGCAGUUCAUGCAACAACAAAAAGAUGGUGAGAGUACUAAUACUAGUAUUAAUAAUGAUGCUAGUGGUGUUGUUGAUGGAAUUGUUGGUCAAAAUAGUGGUGGGUGUGGAGAUGGUGAACCGGAUUCGUCGCCCGAUGAUCUUGCCUUGGUGUUCUUUGAGUGGUUGAAGAGUAAUAAGGAGGCGAUAUCGGCCGAGGAUUUGAGGAAUAUUAAGAUCAAGAAGUCGACGAUUGAGAACGCUGCUAAGAGAUUAGGUGGUGGGAAAGAAGGGAUGAAGCAGUUGCUUAAGUUGAUACUUCAAUGGGUGCAAAAUCAUCAUUUACAAAAUAAGAAAAUGAUGAUGAGUGGUGAAGAUAAUGAGUUUCAUGUUGUUAAUAAUGUUAGUGGUAGUAUGAUUAAUCGCCAAAGUUAUUCAAUUCAAGAUCACAAGAAUGAUACUGCUACUACAACUCCUAGUGAUACUAGUGCGGCAAACCCUAGUUCUGCACCUGAGUCGCAGUGCUUUAGCCCAACGACGUGGCUACCGGGUCCACCACCUUCUCAACCGUAUGUGAGUGACACCCCCGUGAUGGUCCCGAUGACGGCCCCACCACCUCCCCCGGGGUUCCCACCCACGGUUGGGUACAUGGGUGGGGAUCCGUAUGGGGGUGGUAGUCCGAUGGCGGCAUACAUGUCGGAUUACCACGCAUGGGGACCCACCCCGAUGCGAUACGGGAUGAGUCCCCAUUACGGGGGUUACCCCGAUGUAGCAGCUCAGUUUGGAGGGUAUGCAAACCCUCCUCCCUACCCAGGGUUCUAUUAUCACCCUGGUCCAACCGAGGGACUAGUGAGGCUCGGGUCCUCGGCGACAAAGGAAGCUCGGAAGAAGAGGAUGGCGAGGCAGAGGAGGUUCCUUACUCAUCAUCAUAGGAAUUCUCAUCAUAAUAAUUAUCAUCAACAUCAGAAUAAUAGUAAUAAUAAUGGAAAUGUUAGUCAACAAAUGAUGAUGAGUCAAAUGGCUGAACAGCAGCAUGCAGCCGCUGUUGUAGGGAAUGGAAAUUGUGGUGUUGUUGCUCCACAUGGGAAUUGGGUAUACUGGCCACCUCCACCUCCUCCACAAGUCGUGGCGCCGCAACAAGUGAACCACCCCGGUCCUGUGGUUGGGCAGAUGAUGCCGCCGCAGCCGCCCAUGGAGAGGGCUGCGAACGGCUAUCAAAAGCAAGUUGGGAUUGAGAAAAAACAGGGAUGGAAAACAGAGAAGAAUUUGAGAUUUCUUCUACAAAAAGUUUUGAAGCAAAGUGAUGUUGGUAAUUUAGGGAGGAUCGUCUUGCCCAAGAAGGAAGCAGAGACUCAUUUGCCAGAACUGGAGGCAAGGGAAGGAAUCCCUAUCGCCAUGGAAGACAUUGGUACCUCUCGUGUGUGGAACAUGCGUUACAGGUUCUGGCCUAACAACAAAAGCAGGAUGUAUCUCCUUGAGAAUACAGGGGAUUUUGUUAGAUCGAAUGGACUACAAGAAGGGGACUUCAUUGUUAUCUAUUCAGAUGUAAAAUGUGGCAAAUAUAUGAUUAGAGGAGUGAAAGUACGACCACAACAGCAAAGCGCGAAGCCUGAACUAACCAACAAGAAGUCAAACAAGACCCAGAAAACUGAACCAACCUCCUCCCCAGCUGGAAAUGGCCCGUCCUCUUCUCCAACCGUUACUCAAAGUUAACUUCGUAGUUCGAUUUAUUGUUCAUAAAACUCUUUUGCAGUAGCAUAACAUUGCAAUUUCUACUCCUAUGAGAGUGGUGAUUAAGUCAAUAAGAAACUCGUGGAGUGGUGGUUGCAAAAACCUUACAUAUAGGUAUGUCACAUCCAAAGAAGAGGGGUCAAGGAAUAUGAUCGCAAUCAUAACUGUUUUUGCGCUCUUAGUUUGGUACUCGUUGAUGUGGAGGAGAUUAUAGGUAAGUAUCAACGGUUAUAGGCAGUUUUUGGAGGCAUUUGUAUGUUGCAGUUUGUAAUAUUUUGUAAUAUGUCCGCCCUCGAAUUGUGAUG